GUGCCGGGGGUCGCAGGGACACUGGGGGUUCCCGGCCGCCCCAAAUCCUUAGGCAGGGUGUGCAGUGCCCUUGGCAGUCGGAAUCGGGGCUUUUCGUUGGUCCCGAGCGGCGCUACGGGGGCAGUGGAGGCAGAGAGGCGUCUAGUCUUGCUGGCUCAGCAAGCCUGAUAAGCAUGAAGCUGCUGUGUUUGGUGGCUGUGGUGGGGAGCUUGCUGGUGCCCCCAGCUCAAGCCAACAAGGUGAGGGAGAGCUCUGAGGAUAUCCGGUGCAAAUGCAUUUGUCCACCUUACAGAAACAUCAGUGGUCACAUUUACAACCAGAAUGUGUCUCAGAAGGACUGCAACUGCCUGCAUGUGGUGGAGCCCAUGCCAGUGCCUGGCCACGAUGUGGAAGCCUACUGCCUGCUUUGCGAGUGCAGGUACGAGGAACGGAGCACCACCACCAUCAAGGUCAUCAUUGUCAUCUACCUGUCUGUGGUAGGGGCCCUCCUCCUCUACAUGGCCUUCCUGAUGCUGGUGGACCCCUUGAUUCGAAAGCCGGAUGCUUACACUGAGCAGCUGCACAAUGAAGAGGAAAAUGAGGAUGCACGCUCCAUGGCGGCGGCAGCUGCAUCCAUUGGAGGACCCCGAGCAAACACUGUCCUAGAGCGAGUGGAAGGUGCUCAGCAGCGGUGGAAACUGCAAGUGCAGGAGCAGCGGAAGACAGUCUUCGAUCGGCACAAGAUGCUCAGUUAGAUGUCUGGCACGGUUGCAUCAGGGACCCAGGCCAUGGCAACCAGCUUCCGGGGCUGGACAGAGCCAGUGGCCAGUUCCCUUCCCUCAUUGCAGUCUUCCCUGGGUCUUCCCUUCAAAAGCCCAUGGCAUUUGUUCUCCUCCCUCUCUAGAAGUGUACUCGACUGUUAUAACUAGGGAGAGUGAUUGGGUCUCUGGUCUCUAGUAUCUCUGUAGGUCUCCGGGGUGGUAGGGGAGGGAAGGCAAGGCAGAAGGGAACAGAGACAUUUGAGGUAGCCACAAGACUGGGUGCAAUCCACCCCUUCUUGUUCUUCUCCACUCCUCCAAGCUCCAAAUCUUGGGGAAUCUUUCUGCUCUUUGGGAGAUGGAGCUGUGUCAUCAAGAACUCUGUGGGUACCCAGCACUGAACCUGUGCUCCAGGAUGCUAUGAUCCUCACUCCCACUUUCUCCUACUUGACCUGGCCCCAGCCUCAGGAAUUGUUCUGGUGCCACUGACCCAUGGUGGUCUCCAAAACCCAACUGGAAGCCUCCUUUCCUCUCCUCGGCUCCUGGUCCACCAAUGCACGGCAGUGCCCAGGCAUGCCAGCAUAAUUCCCACCACUCCUCAGUGACUGCGACUGCUGAGCCAUCAGGUUGGACCAUAGGAUAGGGAGCUGAGCAGGGGACUUGAAUACCAUGGCUCCUGUCCUUGGAUGACCACGUGUCCCUGAAUUUCAUUGUACCAUGCAUGGAGAGAAAUGUUUGUCUUUCUGUUGUCUGUAAAUCAAGGAAGCCAUUAAAUUGUUUUAUUUCUCAAA